ACGCCUCACUUCCAAGCCUCGCCCACUCUGCUCGGUGUGGCUGGAGUUGUCGCGCUUGUAGCUGCCAUUUUCAUUUUCACUACAUUUGCGCUAGAACAUCUCACAACCAUCGACUUGGUUUGGCGAAUGCAAGCGAGGAAGCACCGAGGACUACUUCAAGAGAAAUCGAAACUCAGGAUUUCUGAGGAUUUCGUGAUCGGGCAUAGUAUCCGCAAGCCAUCGUCACGCCGGCGCCCUGUGACACCAAGGUUGAGAUCACAACUUGCGUGAAGGGGUCUUUGAUGUGUCAAGAUGAGUAAUGCAGAAACUUUCAACGUGGAGAGGAAUUCAGAAGGCAUGAUAUUUGAGAUAUUGCAGAAAGCCACAAAUGGCUCCUCGGCGGCUCGGCUGGGAAGACUGAGUCUCCCCAAACGGAAUCCCAUCGAAACUCCGAACUACAUCGCCGUGGCAUCCAGAGGUGUUGUCCCUCAUGUCACGCCCGACAACAUCGAAAAAUAUACUUCUAUCGGUGCAGUGUACAUGGCGCUUGAGGACUUCAUCGAAAAGAAGAACCCUUCGGUGCUCUCAAUACCCUCGCCAGAUAAGAAGCCCCUCCACACCUUUGCCUGCCUUCCCGAUGGCGUGGCCACUAUUCUUGCCCCUAGACGAUGCCCGGCGAUUAAGACUCCCGUAGGAAACGGCGCAAAAUUCAUGGCCAUCUUCACCUCGACCGGCUUCCGGAACCUCACCACGGAUGAGUACUCGGCGGCUGUCGAGACGCUCAAGCCCGACAUUGCCAUUGGCCCCGCCGACCUGUUCCAUACGAGCACGAUGCCGGUUCCGAAGAAGCUGGUCCGCAUGGCAGAACGCACCGAGGAGUGGACUGACGCGUUCCUGACGCUCAAGGGGCGGGAGGCUUUUAAGGAGUCUGGGGUCUCAGUGUUUGCGCCAGUCCUAGCAGUGCCGCAUCCCAUACAGUGGGAGCAUCUUCGUCACUUGGCUGAAGACGUCAUCGACUCUAUUUCAGGGCUCGCAAUCUACGACGUGGACCUACUGCCCGAUAUAGAGGAUAGCUACGAACCUCUGGUUUCGCUGCCGCGUCUCUCUCUCCAUAUUCCCUCUACGCCUCAAGCGAUACUCCGGCAAAUCUCUCUAGGUGUUGAUGUUUGCACGAUCCCUUUCAUGAACACCAUCUCCGACGCUGGCGUAGCGCUAUCCUUCACCUUUCCUCCACCCAGUACUCAGAGCAACGCUAUCUUGCCGCUCGGCGAAGACAUGUGGUCUCCCGAGCACGAGACCUCACUUAAACCUCUUGUCGAAGGCUGUCAAUGCUACGCCUGUACAAUACACCACCGAGCCUUCCUGCACCACCUCCUCAACGCCAAGGAGAUGCUAGGCUGGACACUGCUGCAGAUUCACAACCACCACAUCAUGAAGGAGUUCUUCACCGGUAUCCGAACGACACUUGCGGAGGAGCCCUCCGCGGAGAAGUUCGAAGAACAGGCGAAGCGCUUCGCUGCGGUGUACGAGCCGGAGCUGCCGCAGGGCACGGGGACGAGACCCAGGGCAAGGGGAUACCACUUCAAGCCAGACCCGAAUCCUAGUAGGAUCAACCCGCCGGCGUGGGAGAGAUUCUCAACGGGUGGGGAGGCUGUGGCCAACGGGGUCGCUGUCGCAGCAGUCGCGGUGGAGGGGAUGGAGACGCCGCUUGUGCCGGACGUGGGAUCGCUGAAGCUUGAGGAGAAGGGAUUUGCGGAGGUUGCGCACGACAAGCAGAAGCCUGACCCAUAGCUGGUUGCGACGAUAUCACUGUUGGGAGUGUCGCAGUGGCAGGGAGUAUAAGAUGGUAUUUUGAUCCAAAGCCAGCGAGUCAUACAUACUCCAACACCCUUCCAAGAAAAAGAAAAACUCAAAGCCCGUACGCAUGUGAUGGACAUGAUUGCCUCAAAAUAUACUUUCAAUUGGCACUGGAGGAAUUCCUUCAGUUUCUCUUAAGGUUAGCUGGAACCAUGGGAUGCUCCCAAUCCUUGAGAGCCAGGUCGGCAAAAGGCAUGAUGCUGCUGUUUCUUUUAAUACCUCGAUAGAUUCCUCGUGACCAAUCCUGAAAGAUAAUCAAUCAUCC